CUUCAAGAAUCAUUCCAGAUGACUCUUCUUGGGCUUUCGAUGCCGGCGAGGAGGCUUCGUAAGAAUAUGCUCCCUCUUGAAGUUUAAGACUCACUAACAGGCUCCAGAGUCGGUGGGAUGUUCAGCUCAACCAACAAUAUUACCACUAUAGGUCGAAGCAUCAGCUCCACCCUCACAAAGCCAGCCAUUACUCGCCGCUAGAUGAAGCCCCGCGGCUUUGUUGCAAACCCUUUCACAGCCGUCGGUGCCCCUUGGGAAAUUAUCCGCCUCCAAAGCUCCCCCAACAACCGUAUGGUGGACCUGCACACCAAAUCCGGUGAUUUGCCUGGAUAUUCUUCCCAAUUUGUUCUCAUCCCUGACUGGGGCAUCGGUUUCUCUAUUCUCUCUGCUGAAGCAAAUCCAACCACCUACAACGUAUUACUUGCUGAUCUGAUUACGGACACGCUCUUACCCUCCACCGAGACUGCAGUGAGAGAGGAAGCUGAUCUGCUUUACGCUGGUACGGUACAUACACCAGCCCAGAGAAGAGCUUAAAUUCAAGCAUAACAACCAGCAGGAUUUCAUCGUAGCAAGUAGGUUUGAUGAGCUCUAUGUUUGGAUUUCUGUUGAAGGAUUUGGCUGAAUGCUAAUAUGCAUAUAAUUAUCGUUCGCUGAAGCUCUUUGCU